UUCUCUCUGAGUGGAAGAACGACAAACUCUGUAUAUUGAUGCAUUAAAAAAUUCCAUCUAAAAUGUAUUUGAGUUAAACUCAGUAAAGCAGUAGGAUUCCACAGAUGAUAUAAAUACUGAAAUAGAUACAACAUGAUAACUUUGACUCUAAACAACUCAGUGUAAAGAUGUACAGAUGUAAAGAUGUGUACUCUAAAGCACAUGACGGUAAUGUAGUGGCUCAGCUGUGGUGUGUGUUGUUGAGCGUCUCCUCCCUCUGCCCCUCCUCCUGUCUCUCUUAUAGCACGUCCCUGCAGUCUCUCCUUUAUCUGCUCCUCACGCUGCUCAACUCUUCACUCAGCACGAGAGUCUCCUCACACACGGACACGAUGCUGCCAGCGCUCUGCUCUCUCUUCACUGCUCUCUCAUGUGUCAGUGGUGUGACUGUGGUGACGCAGAAGCCUAGUGUUCUCACACUGACUCAAGGACAGACAGCCACCAUGGACUGUAAUCUGGGGACUGUUGAGAACUAUGUAAGCUGGUACAAACAGGUUCCAGGAGGAGUUCCUCAGUAUGUGUUAAGUAAUCGCCAUGACUGGAGCUCUCCUCACUAUGGAUCUGGUUUCUCGUCUCCUAAAUUCACAUCUAAAGCCUCUUCAAACAUCAACUAUCAGUUAAUCAUCAGUAAUGUAGAGGUGGGAGACUCGGCGGUGUAUUACUGUGAGACAUGGGACAACUCUGCUAGUGCAGUAGUAUUCGGCCAAGGAACAAAGCUGAUCGUCAGCGACGCUGCUCUCCCGGCUCCUGUUCUGACCGUUCUCCCGCCAUCCAGUGAAGAGCUGAAGUCUAAAAAAGGAACUCUAGUGUGUUUGGCCAGCGACGUGGCCGGGGGUUUUGCUGAUGUGCGUUGGCUCGUCAGCGGGAACUCGGUCACCAGUGGAGUCAUCACCGGCUCUGCACAGCAGCAAGCCAAUAAGAAAUUCACACUGAGCAGCUAUUUGACCAUCGACAGCUCCGAGUGGGAAAACAACAAAGUCAUAACAUGUGAAAUGUCUGCUGGAGGAAAAACUGCAUCGGUGAAGAUUAACAAGUCUGAAUGCAGUGAAUGAACCUGAUUAUUGCUUUAUAUACAUGAAUUUUUCAGCAAAGGUUUAUAGACGUUAGAGAUGAAUCUGUAGAGAUAGAAAGGAUAUCAACUCCUGCAUGUAAUCAAAAUAGAAUUAUAAUAAAACUGCAAUUCUGAAAAAA